CAAAAAAAUACAAGAAUUUUGAUGUCUUCAAUAUCUGAACAGAUAUUAAGCAAUUUAACUUAAGACAAUUGAAUUGGUCAACGGUUAUAUCUUUUGGUUUAUCAGAAACACACACACACACUUAUGCAAGUGCACAUGUAAGUUGCAGACACAGAUUAUUGCACAGGUACACAAGUACCUAAAAGUGCGCACACACUCACAAAGAGGACGCAAAGAGGACGAGUGGAUACUGUAGGUGUGCCCUACAGCAAGGUGCAGCCACGCUUCCUCUUUUUGCGCUGGUGAAAGGGUAUUAGGAAACCUCAACCAGCAGGGGAAAAAAACUGACACAGCUCUUUCAGAGAGAGAGAGAGAGAGAGAGAAGCUGAGUGGGAGGGAGACCGUCAUGGCCAGGGACAGAGAUAGAUCAAAAAACGCCCACAACAAUCUUUUUUUUCUCCUCUGUGUGUGUGUGUGUGCGUGUGCAUGCGCGUGUGUACGCAUGCGUUUAUAUGUGUGUGUGUGUAUGCAGAAACCAAUAGAAGCGAGGGUUGAGCUUCUGGUCUGAAGUUGUCUUGUUUGGCAGGGGACUGUGUGAGAGGGUGCGAAAGUCUGAGUGCGCGCGCGUGUGUGUGAGAGAGAGAGAGAGAGAGAGAGAGAGGAAGUGAGAGAGCAGAUGAAGAGGAUGGUCUGAAAUGGAGAGACGAGAGUGAGGGUCAGCGGCUUGUAGGUUUGGAGCGAGUGGAGGCACAUGAGAGAGAGAACAAGUGAAAAAGAGAGGGAGAGGGAGGAGGAGGGCGGGAGGCUGACACAGGAAGCAGCAGAGAUCAGAGGAGAUGGAGGACGCCAAGCCCCAGGAUGUUAGGAGCCAAACCAAGACAUCAGAGACCAAACGCUACAGCGAGAUUUUCCGUGAUUUCGACAACCUUGAGCUGUCCCUGGUUCAAGGCACGGUGGACGAGCUGCUAUCGGACCCCGACACCCAGUCCAUCCCAGAGACCGUCUCCACGGAAACCACCGGGAGUGCAGAGCUGGACGAGACCACGUCUGAGGACGGAUACGGUGGAGAGCUCCGCUCAGAGGGGGACGAGAAGGAUGGGGUGCUCUCAGCCCAGGACGCUGACCAGGCUCUGUGUCGAUGCGAGGGGGGCGUGGAGGUCGCCCUGCAGUACGCCAAAAUGUGGUGCAAGUACGCCAAGGACCUGCUCACCUGGAUGGACAAGAGGAUUAGUUUGGAACAAGAGUUCGCCAAGAACGUCAUGAAGGCCGCAGAGACGGCCCGGUCCUGCGUCGCACAGCAGGACAUGAUGCCGUUGCAGUACAUCUACACCAUGGCUCUGGAGCAGGAUGUGAAGAACUGCACAAGCAGCAAGCAGACAGGAGAGCUUCUGCAGCAGCGCUGCUACCAGGCUCUGGCCGCCAAGAGGAACGAGAUUGACAAGUGGCGCCGGGAAUUCAAGGAGCAGUGGAGCAAGGAGCAGAGGAAGAUGAACGAGGCGCUGGCGGCUCUGAAGAAGGCUCGGCAGCAGUACAUGCAGCGCUCGGAGGACCUGGAGAAGGCCAAGGCGGGGGAGGAGGCCAUGGGGGGGCAGCGGACCCUGGACAAGAGGAGGAAGUCUAAGGACGAGGCGCAGACCAAGGUGAAGGAAGCAGAGUUGCUGUACAAACAGUGCAUCUAUGAUGCUACGAUGCACCAAGAGGAGCUGGAAAAGGCGAAGGAGCGAAUCAUCGUCCACGUUCGCAAGCUCAUCUGCGCAGGGGACACCAUGCUAAAGGAGAUCACGGUCAACAUGUUCUACUACCAGCGGAAGCAUACGGAGGAGGUUCCCCAGGGUUACCACAACCUGGAGCUGACGUGCCGGCCGGUGGAGCCGGGGGAGCCGUACCUGGGCUACGUGCGCCGCUGCCGCCGCCGCCAGCUGCCGCCGCAGACCUUCAGCUUCGAGGAGUUCGCCCCGCAGGGCAAGAGGUCACCCCCAUACCGGCGCAAGACCAGCAACUCCCUCAUCCCUGUACAUGACUCGCCCCUGAUGGAGGAGUCCCCGGCUAAACGGGCCAUCAACCUCAGCGAAAGCAGGAAAACAGGAUACAGUGACAGUGAGAGUAUUGGGGGAAGCCUGGAGUCUCUGUCCAGCCCAGCCCAUGGGAACCGCAAGCUCCCCAAAGCCCCCUCUACCGGAACCAUGUCGUCAGAUGACCUGGAUGAGAAGGACCCAGGGACUCCCUCUGAGAUGGAAUCGGCAGAGCUGUGUAAAAUACGGCCGCAGUCCAGGGCCGCCUGCACUCACAGGCUCCGGAAGAUGAAGAGCAAGAUGGGGAAGUGCCGACAGUGCGACAAUUUCAUCCUGGUCAACGGCAUUGAGUGUGAGGAGUGCGGGCUGGCCAUACACAGGAAGUGCCUGGAGGUGUGUCAGCUGGAGUGCGAGCACAGGAAGGGGGCGCUGUUUGGGGUGGAGUUCUCUCAGUUUCCACGGCAAUACCCGGAAGAGGUGCCGUUCCUGGUGCAGCACUGCACGACUGAAAUUGAGAACAGGGCCCUGACCGUGCAGGGGGUGUACCGGAUCAGCGGGUCUAAGCCGCGGAUCCAGAAGCUGUGCCAGGCUUUCGAGACGCAGGGAGACCAGGUCGACCUCUCCGACCUCUCCCCGCACGACGUCACCUCUGUGCUCAAGCACUUCUUCAAGGAGCUUCCUGAGCCAUUGCUGACCUUUGACCUUUACCAUGACUUCAUCACGGUGGGCAAGAAUAUCCAGCGGCUGGCAGAGAAGGAGCCCAGUGCACAGACUCCUGGGAUAGUGGAGGACAUCACGCUCAGCCUGAGAGAGCUGCUGAGAAGACUGCCCCCCUACAACUACAGCACGCUGCAUCACAUGGUCACUCACCUGCACAGGGUGUCGGAGAACUAUGAGGAGAACAAGAUGUCCGUGGGGAACCUGGGCAUCGUGUUCGGCCCCACUCUCCUGCGCCCCCUGGUGUCGGGGGACAUGUCCAUGAGCACCCUGCUGGAGACCAGCUACCAGGCCCAGCUGGUGGAGUUCCUCAUCACGCACCACAGCGCCCUCUUCGGCCCCCGGCUGAGGGCCUGCACCCCCCCUCCGCCCGCCCCGACCGGGCCGCUGCCCGCCACGCCCCCGAGGCCAGCCGAGCCCGCGAACUCCGACCCCCCGUCUCGCGACCGGCCGCGCUCCCUGGAGAAUCGCACGAUCAAGAGAGACUCAAGCGAGGGCUAUAUAUCGGACAACGAGGCGGUGGACCAACUCAGCCCCGAUGCCAAUGAGAGAGCAGUCCUGGCUGUGAGGGGGGCGGGGGCCUCUCCCCCAGGUGACCCUGACGGGGGCCCGGACGUCUCCCUGGGGACCCAGCCUAGGGGCCACUUCAGCCGGAUGCCCGUCAAAUACCAGCGGCAUCACCUCCCGGCUGCGCUCCUGCGUGCUGGGGGGGGCCCGCGGGGGGGUCACUUGGGCGGGGACGAGAGGCAGGACGGCGCGGAGGCGGGGGAGACCGCGCGACCGGGGAGCGCGGACAGCAGCUGUGGGUCCUCCCCGGAUUUGGGGGUCCGCAGACAGCCCCGCAGCUGCCCGGAGAGCACCCCCGAAACCCAGAUCCUCCUGAGUAAGGCUGGACACGCCCCCGACGACCGGACGUCCAAUCAGAACCUCCCCGCUGCGGCCGAGCCGGAGGCGCGACCGGCUCUGGCGGCCGUUCGGACAUUUGCGCGUCACAAGGAGGAAGUGGGCUCUGAGGGUCGACCGGACUCGUCAGCCAAGCAGAACAGCAACCAGUCCAAUAACAGGCUGGGGGGGCGGCCCCAGGGCCUGAGUCAGUCCCUGAGGAGACCCCUGGGGGAGCAGAGGACCGCCCAAAAGAUCCUGUCCGGCCUGAAGCUCCGGCGCAGUGACUCAGGGAAUGGAGAGCAGAUCCACUAUGUAUGAGGAGGCGUGGACCUGUUACACACACACACACACACUCACACACACACCUACAGAUACACACACACACACUCACACUCACACCUACAGAUACACACACA